CAAAAAAAUGAAAGAAACUCUGGGUAAAUCGUGUCAUAGUUAUGUUUCAUUCUUUAUGGUUAUAUGGAAUUACCACUGUUUGACGGUCAUCACAUGUGCUUAUGUAAACAACUGUUACCUUCCCGAGUUUAGAUCACCAUUGCAUGGACUUCAGUUUAAAUCCGCGAAAGGCUAUCCAAGGAGAAAUAUAAGUGCAGAGAUUAACCUAAACGAGGAAAUCAAACGUGAAAUAAAGACCAUGGGAAGAAUGAGACUUCAUGAACGAAAAGUGAUGAAAAUAUUUCCAGAGGAGGCAUCGUUUGAAUUGGCUAACAUACCACAUUCGUUAAGUACUUGUACAAUACAUCGGAAAUACUUUAAAAUAGAAGAUAUACUAGUUGAUAAACACUACGGAGACUGUUGGGUGUUAUGGCAAUGGAAAGGAAUCAACAUCACAUGGACUGAAUGUAACAGAUACUGCACGGGAGUUCCAGCAAAACCUCCAUUCUACGUCUAUUUAUGUUUGCCUGGUCACGUGAUUGACUUCAAGAUAUGGGCUUUCUGUCCUCGUCAUAGACGUUUUAUUAUACGAAUAAUACAACUCCCACAAUGUUGUUUUUGUACAAAAUAUCAAUGCUUAAUUCAGCCGAGAAUAAUAAAAAUUGGAACAUACCGCAUCAUUUAUGAAUACAAAACGAUGUGGGGUGUACGUCAAUGA